AUGACGAUAAACACCCCGCAAUUUGAUUUCGCUACAUUGGGGUUACCAAUACGCUCGAGGACAAACAAUGCGAGCGGAGAUCGCGGCGGAAGACGCGGCGGUGGGCGUGGCGGCGGCCACCGCCGUCGUCGUCGUCAUAAGCAGCCUUCAAAACGCAAAUACCGUUUUCAAGCCCAAGUUUUCUUCGAUGCCGCAGUUGCUGCCGCAGCCAGAGACACUACAGACUCCUUGUCGACCGAUACUGCGCCUCGCACCCGCUCCCGCGCCCGCUCUCUCUCACCUCAAGACUUCUACUACAUUCAAUGA